GACCAGUCCGGAGUCAGCAGAGGAGAAGUGAAAGUGACAAGAGGCAAACACACACUCCCGUCGCAUAAAGAAAAGCCGCAAAAAAACACAGCAGUUUACAGAGCUGUGGGAAAACACUGGGGCAGGUUCUAACAGUUGAGUUGGUAUGCUGUGUUUCCUGUUUCUGAAGUUGACUUCAGUCGCACUUUAAAUGCCCUGGAUCCGGUGACAGCUUCGGUACAAGCAGCAGCGAGACACGGGACAGCAAUGGAGAAUGGAAAUAGCCGCCUGAAGCAGACCCAGGAUGAUGUGGAGGAGGUGAAGGUCAUCAUGCUGGACAACCUGAACAAGGCUGAUGAGAGACAUGCCAAACUGGGUGAACUGGAGGACAGAGCUGAUGUGCUGCUGGAAAAGAGUAAAGGCUUUGAAAAGAAAACCCACCAAGUGAAGCAACAGAAAAUGUGGGAGAACAAGAAGGUGAAGGUGAUCGUUGCUGUCAUCGCAGCGACAGUGGCGGUCGUCAUUAUUGCAGUCGUGAUCUCCUACAGUGUUUGAACAUGUACUCCUUCACACAAAUGUUUGGACUGAAGGACAAAAAAGUGGACAAAGAUUUUUUUUCCAUGAAAGGAGGCGCGCAAACCGUGGGACUCGCUUGAAUUGCUCAGUCUGUGAUGUUCUGUAUUAGAAAUAUUUAUGGGAGUGUCACACUCUAUCUUCAUUAGUGUAAGUCUACAGUUGAUAUGGUACCAUUGAUAGCUCAGCUGCUUCUUCUCUUUUUCUGUCAUUUCCAAAAUGUCAUGUCUCUGCUUGGCCCACAUUAGGAGUUCACAAAAGUACAUAAUGUCACUUCUUGUGUUCUGUUAAACUGUUGGAAACAAUGUUUGCAAGUCUUAAAAGUCCAUUGAUUGGACAUCCACAGAGUAAAACCUCCCUGCUGAAACACAGUACCAUGACCACAACAUCUGGAUUUAGAUUUUUUUUAAAGUGUUCAGGCACCUCCUCACCACUUUUAGUAAAGCUAUGAAUUACUAAUCUAAUUAAUCAUGAAUUUGUUUGGCUGUGACUUGCUUGUACAUAAUGGUUCACAUUCUGGGGUCAACCUAUAUUUUUGGGAGAGUCAAGCAUCAGUGCAAGAAGACAGAACUGUGCAGAUAUACCAAGUGUGGUAAAUAUAAAUCAUAGAGAAUGAAUUUAUGUAUUGUAACAUAAAAUUUCAGCUGUCAAGAAUUAAAUGUCACCAAUGUUGUCUGUAUCAUUAAAAUGUGUGUUUUUAAAAAUGCAAAA